UGACGCAGGUCUAAGAUGGCGGUGCAGGUGGAGUUGUGUUGUUUGGAGAGUUUCCCGGCUCACCUGAGUCCCCUGGAUGCUCUCAUACUGAAAUCUCACCUUAGCUCAGUUUUCCAGGAUGACACCGACCCACCGACCGUCCUCUUCACCCCGCAGCGGCCUCGGGGCUCUGGGAGGCCGGGCAUUUUACUGCGCGUUCAGCCGACCACCGAGGAGGAGACUACGAGCUGCGGAGCGGGAAACUCCCCCAGAGCCGAGUCCGAGCACCGGGUCCGGCUCUUCACCAGCCGCCUCUUCCUGCGGCUCCACGGACUCCAGCGGGUCGGCAGCACGGGGACCGUCCGGGCUCUGGAGCCGGUCCCCCUGGACAGACUGGUGCUGGGAGCCCGCAGUCGGCAGAGCCUCCGCUGGGCUGGAGCCGAGCAGUUCACCGGAGGGCUGCUGGAGCUCUGCCGCCCGGGACAGUGGCUGCUGGCCCGGCGCGGAGACCCGCUGCUGCUGCCCCGACACCCGCUGCUGGGAGAGGACCCGGGACAGGUGCAGCAGCAGCUGUUGGAGCUGCUGGUGUUGGACUGCAGUCCUGUAACACAGGGACGGAUCACAGCUGACACCUCUGUGGUGCUCACAGACUGCUGGGAGUCAGUGGAGCCCCCAGGGGCCCCCUUGCCCUGCAGACCCGUCACACUGUGUGUGUCAGACUUCGCUCAUUACGCCGAUGGCCUGGGAGGGGGGCGGUCGCUUCUUGACAGCAGGAAGCUGCUGGGCUCGGGAUUCUCCGGCGUCCUGCAGGCGCUGGAGUGCAGGGUGGACGUUCGAGUGGUGGACACUCAGCGGUGGCUCGGGGUCAGAGGUCAGCAGGGAGCUGGCGUGGACGUGGACAGCUGUGUGUUUGUGAGCAAACAGCUGCUCCUCAGGCUGGGGCUGUUCAACCAGGAGUGGGUGAAGCUGUGGGGGCCUCCUGUGGGUCACGGCGACGUGUGCAGGCAGCGGCUGGUCUCCGUGCUGGUGGUGGAUUUAACGCAGAGUCCAGACCUGCAGAACCACGACGAGGUAGGUUUCAUUUCGCCGACUCUGUGGUUCAACAUGACCGGAGGAGACGUGAUCCCAGCGAACAGCUGCACUCUGAGGAUGAAGAGGUGGAAAUCGUCUCCUGCUUCUGCUGUGCCAGGCGCUCGACACUCUGACAGUUUCUGUCGCUCAGCCUCUCCAGCGUUCGCCAGCAAGAUUCACAUCCAGCCGGUUGUGUCUCCACUGUACAACAACAUCAGCUGCUGCGACAACCUGCUGUCUGCACACUUCAGUACGCCAAGACUGGUUUCACAGGGAGACAUCCUGACAGUUCCUGCUGAAAAUCAUCCCGACCUGCUGGAGAACAACUCAGAGGGAAUUCACAGGUGUCCAGUGCUGUUCUUCAGAGUGCAGAAGGUGUGUCCGUCUGCAGAGACAGAAGAAGAGGGAGGAGGAGGAGCUUACCUGGCUGACAGACUGCACACCUCUCUCUACAUGAGAGCGUCCACCAGCAGCCCCGUCCCCUGUCUCUGUGUGGACGGCGGCUCGUCUCUGUGGAGCAGUCUGUCUCCUCCGGGCCUCACUCAGACCGUGGAGCUCCUCAGCAGCAUCAUCCUCCCUCACCUGCAGCACAGCAGCUCUCUGUCUGGCUGCACCAUCCUCCUCCACGGUCCUGCAGGAAGUGGAAAAGUAACUUCGGUCAGCGCUGCGAGCCGCAGGCUAAACCUUCACCUGCUGAAGGUAGACUGUGUGAGUGUGUGUGCUGACACUCCUGCAGCGUCGGAGGUGAAGCUGAGCUCGGUGUUUCAGCAGGCCGACGCCCUGCAGCCCUGCGUCCUGCUGCUCAGGAACCUGCAGCUCCUGCUCACGGCUCGAGGAGGUGCAGAGGAGGACGGCAGAGUCCAGGUGGCGCUCUGCCAGCUGCUCCACAGCGCCCCCAGCAGUGUGGUGGUGGUGGCGACGGUCUGCAGACCUCGGGAGCUGUCUGCAGGAGUCAUGGCGGCGUUUGUCCACCAGGUGGCGUUGGAGAGCCCCACCGAGGAGCAGCGGCACUCCAUACUGGUCAGCCUGAGCCAAGACCUUCACCUGGGGAGAGACGUCAACCUGGAGAGACUCGCCAAACUCACUGCAGGGUUCGUGUUGGGGGAUCUGAGUGCUCUGUUGGUGGAGGCUGGUCGAGCUGCCUGCAGGAGGCUGAUUCACACCUGUGGUUGUCAGCAGGAGGAGGAUCUGUGCUCCAGUGGAGUGACCAUCCUGAACCAGGACUUCACCUCCGCCCUGGAGACCCUGCAGGACGCCCAGUCCACGUCCAUUGGAGCCCCCAAGAUCCCUGAUGUGCGUUGGGAGGAUGUUGGAGGUCUGCAGCAGGUGAAGAAAGAGAUCCUGGACACAGUUCAGCUUCCUCUGCAGAGACCAGAGCUCCUGUCCCUGGGUCUGAACCGGACUGGAGUCCUGCUGUAUGGACCACCGGGAACAGGGAAAACUCUGCUGGCCAAAGCUGUGGCUACUGAGUGCUCCAUGACCUUCCUCAGUGUUAAAGGUCCGGAGCUCAUCAACAUGUACGUGGGUCAGAGUGAAGAGAACAUCAGAGAAGUGUUCUGCAGAGCGCGCUCAGCUGCUCCGUGUGUCGUCUUCUUUGAUGAGCUGGACUCUCUGGCUCCCAGCAGGGGGCGCAGUGGAGACUCUGGAGGGGUGAUGGACAGAGUCGUGUCUCAGCUGCUGGCCGAGCUCGAUGCUCUGCACUCGUCUGUUGGGGUUUUUGUGAUCGGAGCGACAAAUCGUCCGGACCUGUUGGACCAAUCACUGCUGAGACCGGGCAGGUUAGAUAAACUGGUCUACGUUGGAAUCAACGAGGACCGAGCCUCUCAGCUGCAGGUCCUCCGAGCCAUCCUAAGAAAAUUCCAGCUGGACGCUGCUGUGGACCUGCAGCAGGUGGUGGAGCGCUGCCCCGAUCACAUGACCGGCGCCGACCUGUAUGCCCUCUGCUCAGACGCCAUGACGGCCGCCAUCAAGAGGAAGAUCUCGCUCAUCAAUGACGGUCUGGACACAGAAGACUCGCCUGUCCUCGUCUCCGUUGAGGAUUUCUCUUCAGCGUUAGAAAAUUUCAUGCCGUCAGUUUCACACGAGGAGCUACUGAGAUACAGAAACAUUCAACAGAAGCUCACUGCCAAGUAGAGACUGAUGAUGAUGAUGAUGAUGAUGAUGAUGAUGAUGAUAAUGUUCACCACUCAGAUGAAGGUCUCAUUUAAAGCACAUAUCAACACUGUAAAAUACUGUAAAUGUAAAUAAUGUAAACAAAAGUUAAUUUAUGAAAUUCUGAGAUGUAAUUAUUAAAUAUUGCCGUUAACCUUGACUAAUGAAACCAGACGUUAGAGUUCAGUUUUUCUCUUGAUGGAAUCAUCGUUACAUCAGAUGCUAAUGAUGAUUUCUAAAGGCUUUUCACAAAAAUCACUUUUACUAUUAACAAUUACUUGAUUAAUGUUGUGAUAUUCCAGCUCUGCGUUAACUGCAGUACCUCUGCCUCAUAUUCUUAUUCUUAUUACAUCAACUAUAACCAGUGUUAAAUAUACACAUGCAUAUAUAAUGUUGUAAAGCAACCUUUUAAAGGGUUGGAUCAUGUUGUCACACAGAAAUUUAAAAAUCAUAUCCAGGUGUGAAGGAGAGCUAAAAUGUUGGGAUUAAAGAAAAAGUCGCAAAACUUGAAAUAAUGCUGAUUUUAUCACUUUUGUCAAAACAAAAAUUGAAGUAGGCAUUUUUUUUUUUUAAUACUUUACAGAUGGUUCCUGGGCAGAGUGUAAAGAAGCUGCUAUGAGACGCAAUGAAAAUACAUUUUCAUUAUCAAAUCUGUUAAGGCUGAUUUCUACAUUUCACUGCAGUCAUAAAACUAUGAUACAAAGUUAUGAAAUUUCAGUGGACAAAAUCACAACCUCUCAGUUCACUGAUCAUUUGGAGAUUUCUCAAUUCCAUCAGUUCAGCAAUAAACAAAUUCAAAAAACUUCAA